CUCCACACAUCGCUUUGAUAAUGUAUCCCUCAAUGGCCUAUGGCGGCUGUCAGCGCGGGGACUUGGAUCAGCUGUACAAGUCCGUCUGCCAGGGGUUCGACCUCUCGCUUUUCGGAGAGGAUAGCGUGGGACUUACCGAGGCGUCCGACCAGCCUUCCUACGAGGAAAGUGUGCCCUUUGUAGGAUUUCAGGAGUUUCAAGAGCAGGAUUUUCUGACGCCUGAGGAUACUUUCUCCUACUCCAGCUUCGGCGAGGCCGCGUGGAACUCACCCGACCUCCACCAGGACCAAGCGUACCCAGGAGAGUUCCCGGAAGGCAAGUCAAGAGACUACCCCGAUUGCUGCCAAGACUUUACACCGAUCAACGAAAUGGGCAGCGAAGUGGGCAGCGAAGGGGGUAGUCCCUCCCCUUCAGACAACAGCCCGAGCUCGACACUGUCCCUCGAUACCCGCAGCCUGAAAAUGCACGAGUGGCCGCCGCAGACCGACCCGGAAUUAGAGCGCAAGAGGAUGAGAGCACGUAGGGCCUUCGCCAACCGCCAGAGAAAUAAAUCGAACGCAUCGCAGUGCCAGGACAGACUGGAACAGAUUAAAGGGGAAAUCGCUCGCCUGCAAAUAACCAAGAAAGGACAGCAAAAACGACUCGAUAUCUUAAACGCCAUCUGGCAACAAUACAGAUAACCUCUCCUCAACGGUGGUCGGACGAACUACUGGAACCACAAACCCAUGAAAGAGUAUUUUUCAGCAGGUUACGAAAGAAGAAAUUGAAAAAUAAAGAAUUAUCAUUGCAUUGAGAUUUGCGAAGUUCUAGCUUUGCACGGGCCGCCGUCCACAUAUGACCCGACCUAAGGAUUUAUCGAAAGAAGUCUUUAUUAAAGAGGUCUGACUGCUGACCUGCUGACAAACCGCACUCUUUCAUCAUAGUUAUCAAGUUCCCCAGUUCAGGAUAUGAACUUGUGUGAAACUUGAAGUAAGAAACUUUAUAUUAUAAAUAUUUAUUUAUUUAUAUUUAUAAAUCAUGUUAUAUCAUAUAUCAUAUUUAUAGUAUAUUUAUAACUGGUUUAAAUUGUGUCUAUCGCAAUGUUAGGAUAGCAUCAGUUUAACAGUCUCGGUUAAUGGCAGUUAUGACAUAGCAAAGGUCUUUCUCCUUAACGAUAUUAAUGAUAAUA